GGGAGAUGCCGGCUGCCAUGGUGACGGCGGGGCCGCGGCGGCGGGUGGGCCCGACAUGUCCCCGCGCCCCCGGCCCCGCUCAACAACAACAACAACAACAACAACAACAGCAGCAGCAACUUAGUAUGAAGACAGCGCUGUCCGCGCCCAUGUAGCCCCCGCUCUGGCUGCCCCGUCGUGUCGGUGUCUCGGUACCAUGAGGCCGCCCCACCGCCCGCCCGGAGGACGAAGACAACGAGGAGAAGCCGCUGCCGCUGCUGCUGCUGCUGAUGAUGACAGACACAAACCCACUGGACUAACCCAGCGGGACAGGAGGCAGCAUCUCUGAAGAGAAGGGGAAUGGGCGACCCUUCUUCUCCAGCUGCCGAGAUGGACCGCGGCGACGAGGAGAAAGUGGAAUUGGAAGAUAUAUUGAAUAGAUUGAAGGAAGAUGGAAUUGACAUUAAAGCUUGCAGCAGAACUGAGCAUCUGUGCCAUCUCUGGCGUAUAUACCAGCGGUCUGAGGCCAUGCUGCAGGCCACCAAACAGGACCUGGAUGUGUUUCAAAAACAACAGGAUGCCGAGAUGACAGAGGUGGACAAUUACGUGGAACACAUCCGUAACUUGUCAGUGGAGCGGGAAGCAGUGACUGCCGAGUAUGAGCAGGAGAAUGAAAUACUGAGGGUGGAACUACGACAACUGCAGUUGGAGCUAGAAACCCAAGUAAAGGAAGUGGAGGAGAUGUUGGAUCAGGAAGGACUAGCUGAUAUCGCUCAUAGUGGCCCAAGUGAACAAGUAGCCUACCUCCUGGUGGAGCGUGCUACACUGCUAGAAAAAUUGGAAUUAGCAGAGAGCAAAGUGGAGAAGGUUGCAGGAAAUCGCCAGGGGAUGCGGUUACAGAUGGAGUUGGGCCAGAUGCAGCAAACUAUGGAAGAGGAAUUGAAACAGCAAAGGGAAUCCAUGCAACGAACAAAGGAAACCAUGGCAAAGGAUCCUAUAUCUCAACCUUCAAGUCCGUGGAAGAAGCUGUUUGGGAUCCGUCAGCAAGCAGACAGUGUUUCCAAAGACAUAGCUGCCCAUGAAGUUGACUUGCAGAAAGAGCAGAAGUUACGGGAACGAGCGGAACAAGACGUGGAUGAGGCAGCGCAGCGGUUACAGAUGGCACAUGCGGACAUACGCCGACUAACAGAUGAAUUGGACAUGGAGAAAAAAGUACACAGCAGCAGUGAUACCGGGGAACUAGACAAAGCAAAAGAAGAUAACAUCAAGUUGGAUCAGGAAAUUCUGGAGUUACGAAAUCGUGUACACUCGUUGGAUAGAGAACGGAAAUCUCUCUUAGUAACAGUGGAAAGCCUUCAAAAAAUUGAACCAAGCAGUCCACAGAACAUGGAGCAGGGCACAUUCAAGUCUUCUGACUUCAACAUGAAUUGGGAUGAAGCUGCACAAAUGGAUGGCCAACAAUCAGACGCUCCUGUGCCAACUGUUCGUAAGAAAAAAAAAUCUACUGGAUCUGCGUAUACCAAGGAGAGCCAAAACAUAGAUUGCGAAUCAGAAUCAAUUCUGCCAGAACUGUUGCAUUACGAUGGGCAGCAUCCGAGAACAGAGGAACUCCACAAAAGGUGCCACCAUGAGAUUACUCGUCUUGAAUCCAAGAAUCAUGAGUUGCAACGCAAGAUGCAUAGACUACAGCAAGAACUUGAAGAGGUGACGCUGAGGAAUGAGUCUCUUGAGGCUGCAAUGGAAAAUCUCCGCAAUCGCCCAAAAGAUCCCACAGACUGUGAAAAGGAAAUACUCAGAGUCAAGAUCGGCAGCAUAGAAACUGAUUAUGCAAAACUGAAGCGGAAGUACAAGGAACUUAAAGCCAAAAAUCACGAUCUGGGUAAAGACCAAGAUGCUCUAGAGACUAUGCAGAAGAGUCACGAUGCGUUGGAGGGUGCACAAAUGAGGCUUGAAGACGAAAUAAAAAGGCGGGAGUAUUUUGAAUCUGCACUAGCAGCUGCCGAAGAUGCAAAAAUACGAGAAGAGGAGGAGUUGGAAGCUUUCAGAACUCAAGUGCACCAUCUGAAUGUGGAGCUGAAAGAUUGCCGUGCAGCAGCGGAUCAGAAUCAAGCAUUAAACGGACUCAUUGACAGGUUGAAGAAUGAGAACUGUGCUCUAGAACAGAAGUUGAACACAGUGGUGGGGGAUUACAAUGAUGUAUGCAAGAGCCAAAAUGAGACAUCAUACGAUCAGAAAGAUGUGGAGGAGAGGUAUCUGUGCCAGAUAGCUGAAUUGAAAUGCACCAUAUUCAAACUCCAAGAGGCAUUAAACAGCAACACGAUGACUGAAUCUUCGGACAAGAAAGUGGAAUGCCUGCAGCAGCAGCUCUGCGCGGUUCUGAAGGAGAAUCAGCAGCUGAAUCAGGAGAAGCUUGUCUUGCGGCAGCAGUUCUGCACCAACCAGCAGGGCAGCCAGAUUCUCAAUCAAGAGUACGCAAACCUGCGGCAACAACUCGUCUGUUAUCAGCAGGAAAACAAAAUCCUCACACAGGAGAACUGCACGGUACGGCAACAGCUGGCGGGCUGCCAGAAAGAGAACCAGCGCUUGACGCAAGAAGUAUGUAACAUUCAGACACAGCUGAACGACCUUCUGCACUCCAAAGAAAAGGUGGAAGACAGCAUUAAUCAGGUGCAGCUCCAGGCUGUGAAGAUGGAAAUGUGCCACUUGCAGUCUUCGCUAGAGUUUGAACAGAAAAAUUCUUGCCAGCAAAAACAAACCCUGGAGUUGCAGCUGGAGGAAGCAAACAACAGGAUGAAGUCGCAAGAUGCCCUGCUGGCCCAACAUGCUGAAGAGUCACGCCAACUGCGGCAGGACCUGCAGAGGGUGCAUAAUCUGUGCAGCACAGCUGAGAAGGAACUGAAGUACAAGAGGGAUCAACUCAUGGAGCUGCAGAAGCAAAACUCUCUCCUUGAUCAGGAAAAUACCAGGCUGAACCUGGAUGUUAAAACCAUACAGUGCAGGCUGUCAGAGAUGGAUAAACACAUUUUAAUGUUGAAAUCAGAAUGUGAAAUUAAACAACAGAGACUAAAAGAACUGGAAAUGGAUUCUGGCAAGACUUUCCACCUCUCCAAACAGUUAAAGUGUAUGCAGGAUGAACUUGGAGCAGAAAAGAACAGAAACAUGUGUGCAGAGAAAAAGGCCGGAGAGCUGCAGCAACAACUCAACUGCGUUCAACACCAACUACGACUCUCGGAAGCUCGAAGCAAGGAGCGGGCAACGCUGGAAGCUGAACUGAAGGAAAGCAGGGAAGCCGCAGCCAAGCUCAAGAACCAGCUACAAGAGGAAUGCAUUCAGAGGAAGCUUGCGGAUCAGAAUACAGGGGAGCUGCAGCAGCAAAUAAAAUCAAUGCAAGAUAAGGAAGGGUGUUUGUCCCGAGGCAAAUGCGACCUUCAGCUGCAGUUGCAGCAACAGGAGGCACGGCUGCAGGUUUUGGAAGAUGAAAAGGACGCCAUUUGUUCUGAGAAUCAAUGUCUGCAAAAGGCGAACAAGAAGUCGGCCGAUGAUCUGUGCGCGCGCAAACUAGAAAUAGACAAGCUGAAGGAAGAAAUGCAGAAUAUUCUUCAUCAAUUGGAUACGCAAAUCAGAACCUAUGAUGAGAAACAAGUGAGGCACAAACAGAAACUGCGCAAAGCUAAAGAGAUCUUUAUCCGUGAAGUGAUGCUGCGAGAUGGGAAAAUAAAACAUCUGGAAACAGAGGUCAAAUUGAUGAAAAACCUGAUGGAUAAGGAACAUGCCUGGAACAUGAAGGUUACUUAUGAAAAUGACCUGCUCCUUGUUGAAAAGAGAGAACUUCUACAACAGUUAAAUGAGCAGGAUAAUUCCACACGGAACAGCAGCCCACCCGCCUGUAACGUGAAGCACAGAUCUUCCAACUCUAAUACGCACACAUCGUCGUCACCAACAAGAAACUGCGACAAAUCUCAAAAGAAAUCCCAAAAAACAACAUCCAGGAUGAACUGUUCAGAAGAGAACAAACAACUUCAAGAGGAGACAGUGAAAUUGAGUGACCGGCUUGAUUCAUUGGAGAACACUCUGAGAAUGAAUAAGACGGAGCCUGGCAAGUUGCAUCAUGACAGUUUAUCCGUUUCCUUCGCCGAGGAUCCGUGCAAGUUUCUAUACAGUGACGCUGCUGCAACAAAUGGCAACUUCCUAUCUGCAACACGUGACACAUCAUCACCAAGUGGUAGUAACAAUCCUGGCUGUUUGGACCUCUAUCGACGUAGCAAAUCAAUGGAUUAUACCGAUGCUCCCAAAUCCACAUAUACCCCAUCGCGGAUGUACCAGUCAGAUACUACGGACUACAUGAAUCUGUCGAGCUGUUCGCGGUUCAGAGACCAGGAGGAGAGCCGAUUCCUAGGCAAUGACAAUGUGUGAUCUGGCAGUGACUGAGACAGAAGUAGAUCUGAGUGCGAUUGAAGUGGAUCCUGACUGUGCUACUCAAAAGAACUUUGAAGGCUGGAUGAUCCACAAGGUGGUUCUAUCUGGAGUUAAAGUAAUUCUGGUAACGGAGACAGGGACAUACUGAUUCAACAUGCCGUUGUCUUUGUCACGUUGCCUAACAGGAAUAUUAACACAUCUUUCUCUGGAUGAGUAGUGAUAGAUUGGUUGAAAUACCUGCCCUGGCGUCUGUCUAUCCAGCUAUUGCACUUACAAGCACACGAACACUGGAUUAGUUCCAGUGUUUCAAAUGUCAAGGGUACAGGCUGGGCCUGUGAAACGCCACGGUUCUGUAGUACUAAUUGUGUCCAGUCCUUCCCCAGUGUAUAAAUGAACUUUGGUGCUGGCUCCCCUCAUGAACAAUGCAAAGAAAGUGCUCUCUUGUACGAGUAAUUAGUUUUGUCAGGAUGUAAUUUAAAUUCAUUAUUUGUGCCGAGUUCUGCAGUGGUACUUGUAAGCUAAUUUCAUAUCAGUAUAUAUUUCCUCAGUUUAGACAACAGCAUUAGCAUUAGAAAGUAGUCCUGGUGAUCAGAUGAUAAAACUCUGCGUUGAGUCUACUGAACCGAACACCUCCUUGCACUGCUUUCUCCUGAGAUUUUUAAUUGAAUAGACAAAGCACCUGAUGGCUUGGUGCAUAAACCGUGAGAGGGGGGUCAAGAUGAUCAAGUGAAGCAAAAUAAUUCCACUGGAAACAAACUUCUGAUGGACCCUCUUAAACUGUGUCGGGUAAUUUCUUACUUAAAUCCCAACCGCUGCCACAAGAUGCAGGAAUGCUGGGGACAAACACUGUCUGAUAACUGGCUGGUGUUUUCCCCCUGAAAUCACUGCCUUUUCCACGUUUGCAGCGAUUACCAGCAAUCACAGACAGUGAAAUUAUUUAAAAAGCUGUGGCAUGUUUAGCCUGCCAGUUAAAGAGGUCGGCAGGUUGUAAUGCAGGUUGACGGCUGUACCUUCAGAUUAAGUUCCCACCUCAGCUGUGCCUUUGGCUGUGGGAAGAGAAGUGGUGGCAGUGGGGCACUUUCCAAACUCCCCCCCCAAAGGACAGCACGGAAGGUCUGUGGGGAAGAGUCAGCCGAGACUCUUUCUCAGCCCUGUCUCCGAGCUAUCACACGGGAACAGGAGCGGCGGGGCCAGAGGACACAGAGUAGGCCUCCACUCAGACACUGGUGUUGGCAAUGCAGGAAUUUCUGAAUGAAAAGGAGAAAAACGUAACUUAAAAUAAAUGGAGCAAACAAUGUGAGAUUGGAACUCUUAAUUUAGUAGUUGGGUAUUAAAGCAACACUCCAACUAUCCGCCAUGAAUCCAGAUUCGAUUCACUUUUUGUCAUCUUGUCCACGCAAGGAUAAAUGACUCCUUUAUAUUUCAGUUGAUCUCUUACUAAUGCUGAGAGUCAGUUUCCACAAUUGCAUUGAGGAAGCUUGCCAACCUGGGAUCUACAAUCCUUUGUGUAGGAAGGAACUGCAGAUGCUGGUUUACAUUGAAGAUAGGCACAAAAUGCUGCCUGACUCGCUGAGUUACUCAAGCUUUUUGUGUCUAUCUACAAUUCACUGUUAUCUUGAUCUGUUCCAUUAUGUUCCGAUAUUUGCAAUCUUCUUUCCUUGUAAUCGAGUGACCCAGCUUACACGGGAACUGAUGACGUGGUUCGUCAGCUGAGUUUAGACCAGUCAUCCUCGCUAGUGCUUUCUGCUCCUUCCUAUCCAAUCCACAUUUUACCUGUAGGUGAUCUAAAGUUAAGGCAGCUCGCAGUAAACAUGCUGUGAAAUUUCUUUACCAGUCCUGAUUUCAGCAUUUACCUAGAUCUAGAUAGCAGAAGGACUUAAAGUAGCUUCAUUGUCAACUAUUUCUGCCGGAGAUGGAGAAGGAGAUGUCUGCUAGGAUGUGGUGAGUACAGGACCUGGGGUUCUUUAAAGAUGCCAACAGAGGUUACAACAAACACAAAGUAAUUCAGGAACUGUCGUAGACCAUCAUCGAAAUGGAUCACGCCAUCAGCCUUCAAAUCCUUCACAUCACUUUGUUUGGAUUUGCUUUUGGCUUUGAAUCAGUGGAGGUUCACAAGUCUGUCAUCAAACUUCUGGGUAAGACACUAUCUCUAGUGUGAACGUAAGUGUUGACCUGUAACACUUCAACCAAGUAAAUAAGAGGCAUGAAAUCAAAAUAGAAAAUGCGGGGCACAUGAGGCAGGUCGGUAAGCACCUGCGGAAAGGCAAAUAGAUUUGGCAUUUCUACACUGAGACCCCAGGAAAAAGAAAAGAGGUUGGUUUUCAAUUGUGGAGAAGAUGGGAGGAGGAUGGAUUGAACGCAAAUAUUAAUUCCGAUCGGAAAAAAACAAUUGUGUUAAUGUGGCAGUUCAAAGCCGUUUGCGCUUUUUUGUGCCGGGGAGAGAAAAACUGACCAGACGCACAGAUUACUGACGGCAGAAGUAGCCAGUUCUGAUGUAGAAAGAACAAACUAGUGAGUUACCUAAAGUUGAAACAUUUGAUACCAAUUAGGGUAAUGUGCCUGGUCAGAAAAGAUAUUAAUAUUUUAAAAAUCAGACCAUAUGAACAUUCAUAAACAACGGCAGUUACAUAAAUAAUUGAAGAUCGAUAGAAAAGUUCAAGAGGAUUGGGGUUUGAGUGGCAACAUCCUAGAUUUCACUGCUCUGGGUUUUGUAAUGUAUAUUUCAUUUUUAUUUGGGCUAUUUUUAGACAGAAAGAAACCUUUUUGAGAUGUAAUUGGGAUUCAGUUUCUUUUCUGAUUUAUAUCUAGAUUCACAAAGCAGGAUGCAAAUAAAUAGGAGAGUAAACUUAUUUUGAAAAAUUAUAAAUUUUGAAUUUAAUUUUGAAAUUAAUGUUAGAAGAUGAAUGUGCAAACACUUCACCGUUGUUUUUUUUUCUAUUUUCUUAUUAAACUGGUUAGAAUUGAAUUCCGAA